GGAGAGGUUGAGAAUGGCAAUGCAAGGGACGUCGAUCAUUCUCCUGCCACUUCGUCAGAUAAAAAACGGGGUCUACUUCUCAAUUUUGAUUUCAGCGAGUUUCAAGCGAUGCUGCACCGAUUUUUCUGGAAGAACAUUCUGGAGCGAUUCGUCAUCUUUCCACUGUUGAAAGACGGGGAUAAAGAUCAUGGAACUCCCAGUGCAGCUACCGCGGAAAUGUUAGAAUCAGCACCAACAGGAUCUUCUUCACAAGUAAAAAAUGAGAACCAACCCUCUACUUUACCCACGACGCCUCUGACGCACGUCAAAAACGGCAGGGAUUUCUUGCUGCAGCUGCAAAAACACCGGGUCACCGCGGUCCACAUUCGCAUCGCGUUUGGGGUCAAGCCGUGGGAGCAGGUGGCGGACCUCGCGCGGGCGGAGCGGUCGCGCACCGUGUUUAUUUCCACCGACAACGCAGACGACCCCGGAGUGAGGGACUUUCGGGACCGGCUGGAGGAAAUGAAAUGUAAAAAUGUCUGGGUCUGGAAGAAGUCACGUUUGUCAUGCUUGUCUGGCAUGACUCUUAAAUCUGUCAUGCACGUUACCCAAGAGCUCCGCGUUUCUGUGAUGCAGCAGCGCAGUUUGUCAUGCAGAAUAGGCAACACCUAGGAGCUCAGAAACUUGUCAUGCUGAGCCAGCAUUUGUGGCCGCCUCAUGAUACGCCAACCAGCAUCACAAGUUUCCAGACCCAGACAUUUUUACAUUUGAUAGAGGAAAACGGAUUCGCGGUGUUCUCCUCCAAGGACGCUGCGGAAUUGUAUCAAAUGUAAAAAUGUCUGGGUCUGGAAGAAUGAGCGAUUUGUCAGGCAGCUUUUCCAUGACCCAUGAGGUCUGGAAUGCAGGACCUAGCAUGACAGAUUCUGUGCGACCUCUCUCAUGCCUAUCCUGCAUGAGAAACUCCCUCCCGACUUGGUCAAAACUGGACGACUUCUGGUAAUCAUGCAACACAGAUUCUUGCUUGUUUCAGAUUUAGCAUGACAAGUUGCAUUCUUCCAGACCCAGAUAUUUUUGCAUUUAAUAAAUUGCUACUAGGAAGAACUACAGGUGAAGAAGAGGACAAUGUUAACAGCAUGCACGAAGCAGGAGCAACCGAGCAGAAAGCCGGCGCAGAUGAACAACACGUCGACCGAGGAGAUCCGGCGCAGCCGAGUCGUGAGGAGGAAAACGAAGUAAAUCGUGGUGCAAAAAGCAGAAAUCCAGCUGUAGUCGUGAAAAAACUACACGGCGAGAAGUACCGGUCUACUUUCGAUGCCCGGGGAAAGCUCGCGGACAUGGCGCUCCUGCUCGAUAUCGUGAUUUGCGUUCUGGCCUGGCAGUUUAUCGGGUCGCCCUACUCCAGUCUGUCACAGCUGAUCGGAAAAUUUCGGUUGCAGGUCGGGAUAAUGUACCAUCAGGGGACGAGAAAUUCUAAGGAUGAAGAGCGACAGGACGACUCGGCAGUCGCGCAAAGUAUAAUGGGAAACGAAGCAGGAGCAGGUAUAGGAAGUCCUGCUGCUGGUGCACUAGAUGUUGAGCAAGCUGCCUCUAGCACCCUCCGAAGAAGCAUUUUUAGUGAGAGCAACAAGAAAAGCAGCUACGACUACUUCGGGAAAAAUACGGCAGAAGAAACGCGGCUGUUGCGAGAGCUUUACAGAAGCGUUGGUGACGAGCAGCUGCUAGAUGAGGAGCUUGAAAAUCAGGUAGUACAACGUCCGACCAAGACGACCCAUUACUUCCAUGACGGUCCUGCGACGGUAACGGACGUGUUCCCCCUGGAUUUCUACCCGCAUGACGUCUGGAGCUGGUUGAGAAAUUUCGCGCUCCAGAUGGUGCGGGCACAAAGCAUUAUGUCGGAAGAAUCUGAGGAUAGCGAUAGCGCAAGAAGAAGUAGAGAAGUCGAAGCAUCUUCACAGCAGCCAGGAUCGUCGUCCUUCGCAAGUGGCCAGAACACGAAACGCGGGUCGCAGCCUCAGUGGCACUAUGGAUUGGAAAUGUGUCUGGGUCCUCUGGAUGAAACUUGCGAUGCUAAUGUGUUGUAGAUGAUACGCACGAGAAGUACAACCCUCGUCUUCAUCUUUCGAGCCGCGCACGAUAAGUUUGUGAAGAGCUGCUAUGUGUUCGUCCGCAUCCAUUAAGUCGCGUGAGACUGUUGAGACCUUGUCUUCACUGCAUGACAAAGAUAAAAGCCGGGCGUUGUAUCGCAACAGGAGUCACACUCACAGCAUGCCUUUCUUCUCCCCCACCCAUGUACUUAUCAAAGCAUGACAAGCUUUGCCUUCUUCAAGAGGACCUCCCAGACAGUUUUGCAUUGGAGAGGCACCGGGACGCGCAGAUUCUCUCGAGCACGCUGGACCGGUCGAGAUUGCAAGAGAAGCACUACACGAACAUCGUUGCGGGCGUUUGGAACAGGAACGAUGAGAACGAGAAGCGAAUUUUCGACAUUGCCGACGAGGCAAAGUUGUACCCGUGCGAUAGCGACCUGCCGCACAAUAUCAAAGUGAAAAAAGCCCCCACCCCAUAUCGGAAACGGAAGAUGCGCGAAUUUGUGAUGCUGUAUUUGAGUACACAAAUCAACUGCUAGAAGGCCAAGCGACGAAGCUGCGGCCUAAAUUGCAGGUAAUCUGUCAUGGUGUUUCCCACUUGUCUAGUUGUCUCCUGUCAUGCUGGAGACGCAUAGGUUUAUUCCCAUGCUAGAGACAGCACUACGGUCCGCAUCUCUUGCCUUCUAGCAUCACAAAGCUGAUUUGUGGCCACAAAUCUGCAUCACAGAUUUCCGCUUUGAUAUAGGGAGGGGGCAUUUUUCACUGUAAUACACAACAACCUGCCCCCGUGCCGCCUGGCCCGGUGGGACGAGUUCUCGCGCGGGGAAGUGCUGCUGGCCACGCAGUUCUUCGACUACGGGAGCCGAAUCAAACCCUGCGUGAGUGCGAGCUGGGCGUUGCGCUUGAAGUUUCUGCUGAUUUUCUUCCUGCAAGGCAACUACAAGGAGGAAGAGUGCCGGCACAACGCUGGAGCCUUCGGGUAUUUGACGCACAAGUUUUUUCUUUCCAUGCACGAGGAGGCCUUGUACCGUAUCGCGAACCUCGCCCCCAGACGCGUGGUGUUGCCGAUGUUGAACUUUUUGUACCAGUUUCUCGCGAAGACACAGUGUCGGGGACAGAUGGUUGGCUUGUUUCUGGGUAGAAGAAGGAAGACUGGUGCUGCUCCAUCUGGCGACGAUUUUGAAAUAGUAGACCAGCACCGCGUUGAAGAAGAGAUGACUACCAAUCGUGGACAUCAAGAGCAAGGUCCUCACGAGGAUCAUGCAGAAACAUCGACCACCGAAAAUGAUCUCGACGCGCUUGCUGCCAACACCCGGCCGCGUUCGGGCGUGAACAAAGGACGACCCAGACUGAUGGAGGAAGACAAAACGCACGAGCUGAGCUCGCGGGAGUUCGUUUCGUCUGGUCCGGGCGGAGCGGAGUUGCGAAAGUUGCUGUUCGUAUCCCCAGCAGCGGAUUAUGGUUCAGGAAAAAUGUAAAAACUCUCUCAGUUUGCUACUUAAACUUAAAGCGUUAGUUAUUUGGACCUUCAGAUCAUGAAUGAAAGAAUAAGAUGAUGAGGCUGUGUCAGAGUUUAUUUUCUUUGCGAUACGUAUGUGUGGGGGUUUAAUCGGACGGCGAGACUGCAGUUUGUACAUACAGGAGUUGUACACCAGGACAAGGAACAUGAGAAUGAGGUUCACGUAGACGACUCCGUUGAUCCACCGAGUAGAAAUGUAUUGAAGGGUGGCCAGGAAAACAACUACGGGUACGCGCUAAAAUUGCUGGAAUUCCUCACGCAGCGAUCCAUCGCUAAAACUACGUUGCGGGAAAGCAGAGGAAAGAGAGGGAACAAGUUCAAGAAGAACUACAACGCAGCACGAGGUGGCAUUGGCAGUGAAGCAACUAACUCGUCGUCCAGGUUCUUCCGCGUCAAGUUCGAGUUCGCGUGGGUGGAAAUUUUUUUCAGCAUUCUCAUACUCGACGAACGGCCUCCGCUUGUGAUUGCGCAAGAAACGGACCAGGCGCUGGCCUUCCGCGGCGGCCCAAUUCUGGAGCACCUCGCUCGUAGUUCUGGAGCGGAUCAUAUCAAAAUGAAAAAUCCCCCCUCUCCCUACUGAAAAGGUAUCUUUUUGGAAAUUUGCGAUGCUGAUUUGUGGCCACAAACCGUGUCUGUCUUGCAAGAAGGCAACUCCGCAGGCUCGGCCGCAUUGCGCAGGCGGUCCGUCAUGCUGCCGGGCCUACAGUGCUGACGUUUUUCAUGCUAAAUGCCCAGGCCAAAACCUCUCUACUCACACUUAGUAUGGGCCUGCAGUGCUCCCCAGUAAGACAGCGCGGAUUUGUGUACUCAAAUCCAGCAUCAGAAGUUUCGUCUUGGUUGUUUUUGGUCAUGACGUUUUGAGCAUGACAUUUCGCGCUACCACAUGUGUGUAGUUCGCGAUACCGACGGGUGUCCAUGUCGGUUACUCCGUUUUUUGGCCGUUUGCAUGCGUCCCCACGUGGGUUUGUCUUGCGCGACUCCCCUUUUCUAGUGGUGGUUUUUCUGUUGUACCAGUGUGAUGGUGCCAGCUUUAGGGCGUUUUUAUGUAAAGUAGAGUUAGAGAUUGUUUUUUCUUUUUGGUAGUACUCCUUUCUAUACUGUUUUUGAUCCCUCGGUGCUAGUGGGCACAUUUGUACGAAGUUAUUUCUACUCAGAUAACAACACAGCUCACUACGCCGCCUUCCCAGGAGCUGUUGUUGCUGUCUUUCGGUAGAAAUCACAUCGUCCAAAUAAUCCUACUAGAGUUUACCGGGUAUGUGGUUUAAGUUUUUUAGGUAUAGUCUAAACAGGGACACCCAGCCCUUAGCCAUCCAAAAUCAGAAGUUUCGUCUUGAUAUGGGGCAGGGGGAUUUUUCCUCUCAAUAGAUCAUGGCGCGCCGCACACAGGUAGACACCGUUCGUUUCAAAACGAGGGCGACUACCUGGGCGCCGCUCUCUACCGGAAAAUCCUGCAUGCGGCGCCGCAUGACAAGUUCCAGAAAUUCGUUUUGACCGCGGAGGAACACGUAUGGAAAGAGUAUCAAAUGCAAAAAUGUCUGGGUCUGGAAGAAUGCAACUUGUCAUGCUAAAUCUGAAGCAUGCAAAAAUCUGUGUUCUACAAGUUUGAGAAAUGCACUUCGUUGACCGUUUGAAAAACACAUCACUGCAAGACUUCGAAGGCUGCUGAAAAGUACAGCAGUCCAGUCCAGUAAAGUUCUAAGUCUGAAACGGAAACAAUAGGGAGUUAAAAAAAAAAAAAAGAAGAAGAAGCCUGCGAGAAGAUUCGCGAGACUUGGCGCGUUCGUCCCAACGCCCCGCUAUCGCUCUCAGAGCCUUCCAACUCUGCCCAGCCAGUGGAUCCAUUACGCGGCCGAUGAAAUUGAUACAACCAAGAUCAGCACGGGAGCACUCAGGCAGAUCACGAAGCAGGGCGAGGAACUUACAGGAUCCCAAAAAUAUGCGAAACAGGUAAAGACAAGAGGCGGAGAAGAUCGAGCCCAUUCAGAUAGAUGAGGCCGGAGACGAUCCAGACCCAAAAAAAAAAAAAAAAAAAACGUCACUACGCCGGUAGCGAGGCCAGGCGAGCGUAACGCAGAGGGUUCGACUCGAAUGGGCGAAGAUAAAGAUUCUGAACCGCGAGCCGGGAGCAGCUUGCUAGAUGGGAAAGGGGGCGAGUUAAAGUGGAGAAGAGGCAAGAGAGGAAAAGGAAGGAGGCGAGUUAAAUGGCGGCGAGUUAAAUUGAAACGGAGGCGAGUUGAAGGGGAAGAGGGGGGCGAAUUUAAUUAAAGCGAAAGAAAUGAGGAGGGAGGGAGAUGAAGCAUUAAACAGGAGGCCAUCAGCUAGUAGCUAUAAGCUCCGCCAAUUGUAUACGUAAGGCUUUUUCUUUUAUAGUAGAUCACGAAUGGCGCGAGCCCUUUUUAAACCCCCCCAGCCGUCCCAUAUUUGCAUGUGCGGGGAGUCUAAGUAACAUGGCUCGCCCGAGUCAUUGACGAACCGGGAAGAUGGGAGGUGGGGUUUACAGUCUUCAGACAGGCCAGCCGCCGUGAGGGACUACCGCCUCUGUUAUUGAGGAUAGCGCGCGUCCUCCUCGACUGAGUUGCGUGCGCGGCCCAUCCGUGUUCCGCGUAAAUCUCUACAGGAGAGUGUGCGCCGCGUCGAAAGGCUCCCUUCCGUACGGAGCGCCCUGAGCCCGUUUUAGCGCACAUUUAGGAUGGCCUUACUGUUUAAAGGAUGGGGGGAGUUAGAUCACUUUGUAGAACCCAAUCUGUUUAUGCUAGCAAAGGGCUAGUGCGCUGUGGACCCCCAGGAUCAGGUAGACGAGGUCCCAGACCGAAGUGGUAGGCGCUUAGGGUGAACUAUGUAUGUAGCGCUUAGGGCCCUUCCGUACGGCCAAUUUGUAUGUCCCGCAACGGGGUUCGCCUAAGUCGGUCAUUUGUAUGCAAGGCGUUGGGUUACCCGGUCGGCAGAGCCGAUCCACAACGAACGAACGAUGAUUACCAAGAGUCGUUCAGUUUUGACCAAGUCGGGAGGGAGUCUCUCAUGCAGGAUAGGCAUCAGAGAGAUCGCACAGAAUCUGUCAUGCUAGGUCCUGCAUUCCAGACCUCAUGGGUCAUGGAGAAACUGCAUGACAAGUCUUGCAUUCUUCCAGACCCAGACACUUUUGCAUUUGAUAAAGAGUGCGUAACUUCGAUUCCAGCUUGACGGUUGUCAUGGAAGUAGACACGAAGUGCAAGGAUCAAAAGAUCGUAGUAUCCCUUUAUGCAGCCUUGAAGCAAGCACUCGUUGCAUCAUGAAAGGUCGGUUUAGAGCGGCCCCCCACGACACCAGUGCCCACUUACGACAAUCUUUCUGUGCAGAUUCGAUGUCGCGCGGAAAACUUCCAAGUGCAUCUGUGGCAUAAUUGCUUGUGUUGCUGUUCUUUCGCCACUGAACAUCAGGGGGUUUCGAAGUCGUGCACUCUCAUAACACGGAAAUCUUUUCGACUCUCCGACUGCAUCACAAUCAACAAAUUCUACUUCUGCCGUCAGGGACGAAAACGAGAACAACUUUCUGGACCGCGUAGAGCUUUUGUACAUCCGGCUCGUGCAAAGAGUCAUUCUCGCCACUUUCCACCACAAGUUCAUUGACACAGGGAACGAAAUUUGGCGAGGGCUUUUGCAAAUAAAGCUGGAGGAAAAAAACGAGGCGGUCGCUAGUACAAAGUUCGGGCUGCACUGCGCGACGGUGUAGCAGCUGUGCAAGGAACUACCUCAGCGCACGAAGUAGAGUUUCUGGCUUGACGAGUGAUAAUAUAAUCACUAGAGAACUUUUGCUGGCACUGGGUGGACCAAGAGUCCGUUUAUCAACAAAAAGUACUGCGUUCGUAGGGAUGGCAUCAUGCACGAUACGCAGACAACAAGAAGUCGCCACACUGUAGCAGUAGCGGAAAUCGAAAUAAAAGUAGAAAAUGAAAUGUCAAUGUCUGUCGUGGCAUAGUGAGUCGGUGGCACGGUAAAUGAAAUUUC